ACACUCCCUGUCCCCCAACCUACACCCUCUCCCACUAUAUCGCGAGAGACUGAUUGGGACAGCAGGCAGAGAAAUAUUCAUAUACCUGCAACAAGAGCAGUUGCAAAGCCCUUAUGAAUAAAUAGAUACCAUAUGAUUCAUCAAUAAGUUUAGCAUCAACAGGGGACAGCUAGACGGAGAGGAAUGGAUAUUAAUCUGAAUACUGACAGACACACUGCCUGCUUAGCAAUACAGCCAGCUAACGUUAGCUGACCAGCAGCUCAAACUUGAUAAUUUAUUAGCAGUGCUGGGUUAGCUAGUUAGCACCAGGCUAGUUCAAUAUACAUUUGCACUUCAUCUUUUUCGGAUUUCACCCACGCCAGCGAACAAAUUGCGUCUUUGUGCAAAAAGCUAACUGCACCGGCCUCGCGUUACACACUGGCCCGAAGAUGGUCACAAAUCCCUACCACAGGAUCCUCGCAGAGCCUUAAAACCGGAGAUCAACUGAGAACUACUAUCAGCUCAUCCUGCAGCUCAUGACAUAAUUCAGUGUUACUCCCCGUACACACGUUUACACAUUUUGUGCAGAAUGUGAACUAUUUUAGAGUCAAAUAAUUUUCUUUAAAUGGGGGAAAACUAUUAUCACAAUUAUCAGUCAUUUUCAGGCCCAAUUUUUCGGUCAGGUUUUCCAAAUUCGUGUCUAUUGUAAAAGCGUAGCCUGAUGAGCAGAUCGAGCGCCCCCCAUACGCAUGUUGUUCGCAACGAUCCUGACAUCUUUGAGGAUCGGUUGGUCUUAAAUUGAUCACUUAUUAGUCAAUCAUGAACGGCUCCCUCUUAACCCCGCCCAGUCCACGGGCUGCGGCUAAUUCGUCUCCCCUUCCGCCCUCCCCAUCUCCAUCUCCUUCUCCUCCAUCUCCAUCACUGUUGCCCCUCUCUACAAGACCCCCACCCUUGCCUCCUCCAACUCCUGUCAGUCAGCCCUUGUCAUCGUUAUCCGACACACCCACACCAUCUCCGUCUCCCUGCCUUAGCUGGACCGAGUUCUGUGAGCUCCACGCCCGAGUAGCCGCCGGUGACUUCGCCCGGCAUUUCCGGGCCUUCUUGCAGGAGAACCCUCAUUACUCCCCUGAUUCGGCAGCUGCGUUUUGCCGCCGCUUUACAGACAGAUUCGUUCGACAUUUCGAGAGCGAGCUCGAGGGGACCGGUGUCGGAAGGGAAGGAACGGUGAGCUGGGUCGCCCAAUCUGACGUUACGUCGCUGGAGGAGGAUGCAGCAUCUCCGUCCCUGCUGCCUCCAGAAGCCUCCACCCCAUGCCCGCCUACUCACACACGGGCUGCGCCCAAACCGGUCUUGACCCAGGAGGGCCGCGGCACAGAGCGAUUUCAGAGCGCCGGAACAUUUCAAGACUCGUAUGCUCAUACUCAGAUUCUCCCACCGUCCUCCUCUUCGUCAUGCUCUUCCUCUAUGGGUGGGAAUAAUGGGCGGAGGGAGGACAGGGGAAUAACGGUCAAAUAUAACCAACCUGGAUACAAAGACCUGGAAGAAGAGGAAGACAGCUGGGUGGGGCCUGUCGCCGGAGAGGAGGUGGAGACGGAUGUAGUAGCAAGGGACAAUGUGGGCGAGGGUGAUACGACUUCGGAUAGAGCCGAUCUCAGCCAGACUUCGACAUGCCCCAAUCCCUUUGGCACACCAGCAAACUCUGGGUCAAAAGGCAAUGGGACACCCAUCGGGGGUCACUCCAAGAAUAAACUAAAAAAGCGGUUCUCUUUGCGCAGCGUGGGCCGCAGCGUCCGAGGGAGCAUGCGAGGCAUCUUGCACUGGCGCAGCUCCUCCAGUGACGCCCCUCAGAACUGCAGCUCGGGUAAUUCCGCCCCAAUUCCUUCCAGUUACAGCUACACUACAGGCUUGCAAGACGGCAAGAGGAACUCUGGCUCGCAGGGCGUUCCUCCAUCUCUCCCUGUCUCUCUCUCCCUUCCCCUCUCUCUCCCUCACUCGUCGUCCUCUUCAUUGCCCCCAUCAUCCUCCAGUAGCGCCACCUCCCUCUCACUCUCCGAGGCCCGUGACUGGCGGAGAAGCAACGGCGAUGGGGAGAAGGAGAAGUGGAGUUACCGGUUGGAGAAACUGCGACUGUCUCGUUCACCGCCGCCGACUCUGUCUGCCGCAGCUCCAUCUUCCUCGGCCGUGUCGCCCUCGGCGCUACCACCAAGCAGCAUCGGUGCCACGAGGAAGAUGGGCAGGCUGGUACGGGAGGGAGGUGUAACUGUGUCCUCGUCUUCGGACGAGUUUGCCAGCACUCAUGGUUUCCCAGGAUUUCCCUUUGGACUGCUGCACCACGGCACAGACAGCACAACGUCAGGACAUCCCACGGCCUUGGGAGGAGCUGCAGGCGGAAGGGGGAUGCGUUGGCACAAGUGCCGUCUAGUUCUGAAAGAACGAGAUAAGGACGGAGGGGAUGGAGGGCUGGAGUAUUUCCUGGAGUUUUACAUCCCACCUAAGUCCUCCAAGCCCAGACUGACUGCCCCAUGCUGCUCUAUUGUUGAUGUGAGGAGCACUACAGCCAUAGAGGUGCCAGACAAAGAGAACACCUUCCUUCUGCAGUUGGAAGGUCAGGUGCAGUACGUGAUCGAGACCAGAGAUGCGGUUCAGAUGAGAGCUUGGCUUAGUGACAUCAGAAACGCCAUUUGUUUGAGUGAGCAAGAGGAUGUUGAGGGAGUGUGUGGCAGUGCCCUCACCGACCUCAGCAGUACACCAGAAUUCAACGACCGCCUGUCUCAAGUGUGCUAUGGUGGAGUUGGUGGUUCUCCUCAACUGGAGCCUCUACCUCCUGAGUUGCCACCCCGCGCCCCUCUUGAUGAAUCAGACAGUCGACUGCUUGGUGGGGGCGGAGCCGGUCUUGGCACACCUUUUGCAGAAACUCCUGAUGCCACAGGGUCGUUCCUGUUCUCCGAAGGUUCCGUUCCAGAGACGGUGGAACAUCCUCUGAGUGAGUGUCAGUGGUUCCACGGCACGCUCUCCCGUCUUAAGGCAGCCCAGCUGGUGCUGGCGGGCGGCUUGGCCAGCCAUGGAGUGUUCCUUGUGAGGCAGAGUGAGACACGGCGUGGGGAGUAUGUCCUCACCUUCAAUUUCCAGGGCAAAGCAAAGCACUUGCGUCUCUCCCUGAAUGAGGAUGGACAGUGUCGUGUGCAGCAUCUCUGGUUCCAGUCCAUUUUUGACAUGCUGGAGCAUUUCCGUGUGCACCCCAUUCCUCUGGAGUCUGGGGGUGCCUCUGAUGUCACCCUCAUCAGCUUUGUGGGGGCCACGAAUGUCCGGCAACCAGGCCGGGAAAGGGCAGGCAGCCGCCCCACAGUCUGUGAUGUCAUCACCACGCGCCACCCCGACUCUCCAUCAACCCCCAUCUCUGACUGUGUACUUGACCAGCAGACCCCGUAGUCCUCCUCAGCCACCUCCUCCCCCUCUGCCUCCGGGACGCCCUCCGCCCCCAACCCCGCCGCAGGAACGAGGGAGCGAGACGGAGGCCGCCGGAGGAGGCGGAGCAAGCAGCGGAGCGGAGGAGUGCGAGGAACGGGAGCGUGAGCCGCCUCUCCUCCAGCUGGAAGGGGUGGAGGGCGAGGAGCGAGAAGGAGGGAGAGCGAGAGCCAUCGACAACCAGUAUUCCUUCUUCUAAAAGGGGAAAACAACGAGGUGGGAUAGAGGAGGAAGAGGAGAGCCCUUCACAAUCAGUAUUUUCAGUAUUCUCCAGCGGAAGAACUGAGCGACCGAGUUAUUAACACUAUUAAACAUGAGCUUUCACAGUGUGAGAGAGAGAUGGAGAGAAAGAGAGAGAGACGCCCAAACACAUAAGCAUAUAUGAUACUGACGGUACAUUUUUAUUUUAUUUUUUUUAAACACUAAGUAACGGUACUACACUAAAUUGGAGGUGCGUUGUGAAAACGUUGGUCAGCUUUUACUAAUUUGUUCUCCAGUGUUUGUCAGUGCGAAUGUUCCUCCUCUAUUGCUGCUGCAUAGGAAGGUACAAAAGUGUCAGCGCCGCCACUGAGCUGGUGUCGUGUUUUAGCAACUUCAAGAGUCCUUCAAGUCAUUACAGUGUCGGACUCACUUAUUGAUUAUUCAGAUGUCUAGUAUUCUUUGACCCUUCGCACUUAUACGAAAGGAGUUUGUUUUUCCCCUCAGGUGAGCGGAAAUUUUCAAUUGUUCAGAGAUUGUUACCCACCAGCACUCUUGUUAUUAUUAUUACUACUAUUAUUAUUAUUACUGGAGCUUUUUAAGUUGUUUUCUUUUUGUUCUGCCACUGACAAACUGCGAAUGUCACAAAGUAGUAAUUUUUUUCCUGUUCAUUUCAAUUGUACUGAUUUUGCUAGUUCAGUAGCAGGCAUUGCCUCGGGCUUAACAACGUCCAGUUUUGCCAAAAACAAGCAAGCCCAGUCCUCUGAAGUCCAGUAGUAUUACUUCUUAAGGUUAAUUAGCGUAUUAAACAUCUCCAUAGACUCCAUUAUUACCUCAGAGUCCUGAUCUGUCACCCAGCUCCUCUGCUCUCCCUCUCUUUCUCCCUCUCUGUCUUUAUAUCCUACCCUUCCUUUUAGCUUUACAGUCUUUGGGUUUAUUGUUGUGUUUAUUUCAAAGCUAGAGUCCAGAGGAGGGAGAGAGAAUGUCCUUUGGUUUAAAAGAGAAAUUGUUAUUGAAUACGAAAAUGAUAAUAACUGAUGAUGAUAAUUAGAAUUUAAUAAUUGUCCUAAUAAUAGUAUUAUUUUUUUGUUUGUUUGUUUCAAAAUGCAUUUAUUUUUGUUGUUUACUAUAUGAACACACAAUAUUUGUUCUCCAAAAUCUGUUUUCUGUUUCUAAUUUUUUGUGCCUUUUAUAUCUCUUCUAAUCUCACUCUGUCUCCUUCAAACUUUGCUUCGGUUUCCAGAGAUUUCAGGAAAACUUUUGAAAAGGAAAAAAAAGAUAAAGAGCCCCUUUCUUCUUGUGCCUUUUCGUGUUGUUAACUGUAAUUCCCUCUCGUUUUGUGCCAGUCAUUCUUGAUUUUGUGCCUCGAUCAGUCUUUUUGCGGUGUCUGCCAUCCAGUUCAGUGCCUGCAUUGGUAUUUUCCUGUUUUGUUUCUCCAGUUCUGUCUCAGCUUUUUCAGUUGUUCUCUUCUUGAUCCUACAGAUCAUGUGGUAUGAUUUGCUUUCUCUCCAUUUGCCCCGUGCGCCUCCCUUUUACCCUUUAUUUAAACCUCUUAUUGUGCCUUCUCUCUCUUUUCUCUUCUCUCUCUGUCUGUCUGUGCUGGGACCGUGUGUUAAGGUGGACAAUGUUUCCCACUCUGUGUAAUUAGAGUUUCAGGUACUACAUUGAAUUAAAUGAUGAUGAUAUGAUAUGAUAUGAUAUAAUAUAAUUAUACUGAAACAAUUUGUCUGAGUUGUGUUUGUGUGAUACAGAUAGAUAGAUAAUGAAAUGAGAAAUUAGAUUUUAUUGCACUUUUCUUAUAAGAAUGGACGACUCUUGC